AAUGUUACCACGACGUAAUGACAUCACGGCCGCAGCUCUGAUUCCUGUAGUCCAGUUCCUUCUUCCUAGUUCGUCACACUGCUUGUUUCUUCCACCGGCCAGCAGAACGGAGACGCGAAGACUACAAUGUCUCAUCAAACGGGCAUACAAGCGGCGGGGGAGGUGAGGGAGAUAUUCGCCAAGGCCAGGAACGGUGGCUUGCGUCUCAUCAAGGUGGUCAUAGAGAAUGAGCAGCUAGUGCUGGGCGGCACCAGGCCAGUAAGCCAGAAGUGGGACCAGGAGUACGACAGCCACGUCCUGCCUCUUCUGGAUGACCUGCUGCCCUGCUACCUCCUCUACCGCCUGGACUCCACCAACAACCAAGGCUACGAGUGGAUCUUCCUGGCCUGGUCCCCCGACCACUCACCGGUGCGUCAGAAGAUGUUGUAUGCUGCCACUAGAGCCACACUGAAGAAAGAGUUUGGUGGUGGACACAUCAAAGAUGAGAUCUUUGGAACAACUAAGGAUGAAGUGUCCCUCAGCGGGUACAGAAAGUACCAAGUCUCCCAGGCGGCUCCACUCCCUCUGACCGCUGCUGAGGAGGAACUCAGACAGAUCAAACUAAACGAGGUGCAGACAGACAUUGGUGUGGAAACCAAACAGCAGACUUUGACAGGAGUGGUGUUCCCCAUGCAGAGAGAUGCUAUCCAGGCUAUGGAGCAGUUCAGAGACAAAAUAAUCAACUAUGUUCAGCUGGAGAUAGACUUCAGGAAUGAGUCUAUCAAGUUGUCCAGCACUGCACCAACAGAGCUGAAGGAGCUACCCAAGAGGAUUCCCAAGGACGCGGCACGCUACCACUUCUUCCUGUACAAACACAACCAUGAGGGGGACUACCUGGAGUCCACAGUCUUCAUCUACUCCAUGCCGGGCUAUAAGUGCAGCAUCAGGGAGAGGAUGCUGUACUCCAGCUGUAAAAACCCUCUGGUUGACACAGUGGAGAACAACUUACGCGUACACAUAGCCAAGAAGAUGGAGAUAGACAACGGCGACGACCUGACAGGAGACUUCCUUUAUGAGGAGGUCCACCCAAAGCAGCACGCCCACAAGCAGGCCUUCGCCAAGCCCAGGGGCCCGCCGGGGAAGAAGGGAGGACGCAGGAUCACACGGGCUCCUGGGAAAGGAGACGCGGACGAGUGACCUCGAGCCUGAAACACCCCUCCUUGUAAUUCCAAAAUGGAACGGUCCACAAAGUAGUUAUUUUAACAACCCCCUUGUUGUGAAUCAUUUCCUUAACACUCCUUUAACUCUUUAGACAUCCAGGUAGACUGAACUAUGCACUCAGACCAGAUACUAAAAGCCAUAUUAACACUCCGCCCCAAAAUUUGUAGCAUGUCCAACAGUAGGCUUCUCAGUAGUGUGUGUCCAUGGCUGCAUGCACGGGAAUGUAGAGCUAGAAGGCUGUGAAACAAGGACUUCCCCCUAUAGAAGACCCCUUGUUUAUAGCCUGUUGGUAGACUAUUAGAUGAAGCCAUAUGUAUGCGAAGCCUAAUGCUUUUAUACUGUUUGACGUGUGUAUGGAGCGUGUUUAUACAAGCCUAGUUUAAUUUUAAUAUAGAGUAUAUGAAUCUUUCAUUCAGUAUAUUUGUAAAAGGAACAGGGAUCAGCUAGAAAUCUGUUUUAGUGGUGCUGUAGAGAGCAUCCUGUGAUUAUAUUUAGCAUUCUUUUACUUAAGAAUGAAAUCAUAGAGAAGCUAUUUUUCUAUGCUUGUAAUAUUCUGUGUGUGUUAGUGAGGGUGUUUCCUUCUUAGCUGUCACAGCCUGAAGGUAAAGAAAUGGCUGGGAUUCAGCCUAUUGUUUAGCCAAACAAAUUUAGUUUGAGAGAGUCCCAGAUCAGGUGUAACUACAUUUCACAUUGGAGGACCAUCCCAUAAUAUGCAAUGCAUUUGAACCACAGCAGUGCAGCAGCUUUUCUACUUGAUAACGUCACGUGCAUGUGUUGUAAGGAAGGAGAUACAAGCAUUGGGUCAGGUACGAUCCCUCACAAUAUCGUUUGAGUUUAGGAUGUGAUGUAAUCAUAUAUCUGUGCUUUGGGUCAACUUGACUGUGCAUGCGUAGUAGUUACGCACAUAGUAAGGGAAUUGGAUGACAUUCCCCGGUCUUCGUUGAUGUGAACCACUGUUACCCAAACUACCUGUAGAGGGCGUUUCAUUGUGAAACUAUCAUUCUUUAAACUAUCAUCAUGUCUCAAAUUAUGUUUUUUCUAUGGAUCAAAUGUCAAAAAAAGUGAAGGAUAAUAAACUAUUUAAAUCACAA